AAUUUUUGUUUUUUUCUUUCAACUUUUUUUUCUGUAUCGUUCCUGUAUCUCCAUUUGCUUGUUUUAUAAACUCAAGUUCUGGUUUCAGAGUGGAGCUGCUCGUCAUCUGCUUUGUAGUUCCGAUUCUCCGAUUUCCGCCGCUGCCAUGUCGUUCCGAGGACUAAGUCGACAAAAUACUAUGUCUGGGAUGGACGUCCCAGAACAUAGCAAAGGCACGUUUUUGGAACUGCAGAGGAAGAAGGUUUAUCGCUAUGUGAUUUUCAAGAUUGAUGAGAAGAAAAGGGAGGUUUUGGUAGAGAAGACUGGGGGCCCUGCUGAGAGCUAUGAUGAUUUUAUGGCAGCUUUGCCUGAGAAUGAUUGCCGAUUUGCUGUAUUUGACUUCGAUUUUGUGACCUCUGAGAAUUGUCAAAAGAGCAAGAUAUUCUUCAUUGCAUGGUCCCCUUCAUCCUCUCACGUCCGUGCAAAGAUGCUCUAUGCCACAUCCAAAGACAGGCUUAGAAGGGAGCUAGAUGGUGUCCACUAUGAGAUUCAGGCUACUGACCCUACAGAAAUGGAUCUUGAAGUGUUAAGGGACCGUGCUCACUGAACAGUCUCCGACUUGAUUGUUUAAUCCUUGAGGAAACAUCUGUUGAGGAGCUUUGCCAACCUCUGUAUUACUUUUUCUUCCCCCAUAAUGCUAUGUGCAGCAUUGUUCUCUGACACAAACUCAUGUAUAAAACAUAAUCGUGAAUAACCGGAAUCUGGUUAGGCUGAUGUGAAGCUCUGGGCUAACGUUACCUUGUUGGUCGUUGCCAAUAAAUCCAGUGGCCGGUUCUUCACUGUCUUUUGCCGUAAGCGAAGGUAGUUUAAAGUUGGCUGUAUGGAAACCCUAGUGGAAUUUACGAUAAGCUUUAAUAGUCAUUAUCUCA